AAAAAGUUCACAUGAAGCCAAAGUGUUUGAUUGCUCUUGAACUCUUUCAGUUGUUUGGGAGAACGGUGAAGGCCAGCAUCGCCAUCGACAAUGGCAGGGCUACAGAAUUCAUCAGAAGGAGGAACUACUCAGACAAAUCCAAAUGUUAUGAAUGUGGGGAUGAAGGGCACUUGAGUUACGCUUGUCCUAAAAAUUUACUUGGAGAGAGAGAACCUCCACCUAAAAAAGAAAAGAAAAAGAAGAAAAAGGUGCAGCAGCCUGAGGAGCCGUAAGCAG